ACAAUGUAUCCAAAUACAGAGAAAAACUCCUGGUGAAGCGGCUGAGAUCACACUUUUAUAAAGAUGGCUUUUAUUAAAGAGGAGAGUGUAGACGUGAAGAUUGAAGAAAUAUUCAGAGUCAAACAAGAAGAUACUGAGGAACAAACAGACUUGAUGCUGCCAAAAGAGGAGAGUCAAGAAUGGAAUGAUCUAAAGGAAGAGAAAGAUCUGGUUGAGAAACAAAAUGAUUUCAUGAAUGGAGAAAAAUCUUUUAACUGCUUACAGACUUUCACACAACAAAGUGCUCAAAAGAAUGGAACCAGUAUUUAUUUAACCUGCAUUCAAUGUGGAAAGAGUUUCACUGAAAAGGGAAACCUUAAUGUCCACAUGAGAAUUCACACUGGAGAGAAGCGUUUCAGCUGCCAACAGUGUGGGAAAAGUUUCAUUCAAAAAGAAAGUCUUAAAAGCCACAUGAGAAUUCACACUGGAGAGAAGCCGUACACCUGCCCUCAGUGUGGAAAGAGUUUUUCACAUAGAGGAACAAUUAAUGAGCAUAUGAGGAUUCACACUGGAGAGAAGCCGUUCACAUGUGACAAGUGUGAUAAGAGCUUCAGGCUUAAAGUAAAUCUUUCUGGCCACAUGAGGAUUCACUCAAGAGAGAACUGUUUUCUAUGUCAUCAGUGUGGAAGGAGUUUCACAGAUGAGAAACACCUUCAGAAUCAUGUAAUAACCCACACCAGAGAGAAUCCUUUCAUGUGCCAUCACUGUGGAAAGACUUUAUCAAACAAUAGAAACCUUAAGAUUCACAUUAGAGUUCACACUGGGGAGAAACCUUUCACCUGCCUUCAGUGUGGAAAGAAUUUCACAGUUAAAGGAAACCUAAAGAGUCACAUGAGACUUCACACUGGAGAGAAGCCUUACACGUGUCAUCAGUGUGAGAAGAGAUUUGCAUAUCACACCGACUUCAAACGUCAUUUGCAAACUCAUUCUGGAAAGAAAUUGCAGGGUUCUUCAGUGUGACAAGGUUUAAAAAACUGGAAGUCCAUUUAAUUGUUAUCAAUGUAAUAUUUACAUUUACUCAUUUAGCAGACACUUUUAUCCAAAGCGUCUUACAAAUGAGGAUAAUAGAAGCAGUCAAAACUAAACAAAAGAGCAACAAUAUAUAAAUGUAAAUGACUAGUCUUGGUUGGCCAAACGCAGUACACGUAGAAAGGUAGGUAUAUGCACAUGAGCCUCUUUGAGAUAGCACAAUGAUAUGCCAAUCACUUGCAGAACACAAGCUUAUAGAGGGAAUAUAAGUCUGAAGUAAUGAAUUUAGGUAAAGGGGUGCAGAGCCAGUGGUGGUUCUGUAGGCAAACAUUAAUACCUUGAAUUUUAUGCGAACAGCUACUUGAAGCCAGUGAAAAUUGAUAAUAAGUAAUAAAUUAAUGAGCAGAA